AUGGCUGCUUUCCUUCCUGUGAACAACUCAGCUAGGAUCGAUGACCACGCCAUGGACGGAGCGACUACCCCCCGCGCCAAUGCGAAUGGCGUGCCGACCACCUUGGAUCAAUCUGUUGCUGCGGAGCAACCCCCGGAUGUCCUGAAGACGAACAGAGGGAGUGAGGGGUCAAUACAAACAACCAUAUCAACGGGAAGAGCCAGGACAGCGUCCAUGUCUGACGAGCAGAUGAACGAUUCAGAUGGAGAAGGAGACGGAUCCGACCAUGAAGGAGAGCCGGGAAGCGCACCACCGUCGAAAAAGAAAAAGGGACAACGCUUUUUUUGCACCGAUUUCCCUCCAUGCAACCUCAGUUUCACUCGGAGCGAACACUUGGCCCGCCAUAUUCGAAAGCACACCGGUGAACGACCUUUCCAAUGCCACUGCUCACGACGCUUCUCCCGACUUGAUAACUUGCGCCAACAUGCCCAAACCGUCCAUGUGAAUGAAGAUAUACCGGGAGAUUCUCUGGCGGCCACCGGCACUCGGUUCCAACGCCAGGUACGGACGGACCGAGUGCGGCCACCGGGCCGUGCACGAGCAGGUACCACCGGUAGUGCAGGUGGCCACAGCAGAGGCCAUAGCCGAAAUCUAUCUACCUCCAGCAUUGCAUCUACGACCUCAACCUUCAGCCAACCUCCCGAACUGCGACGCCGCCCUCCGCCCCUCAUGAUGGCUAAUGACCCCACCACCCGCUCUCGUCUAGGACUGGACCCCAUGGGAGAACCGCCAAGUACGCCGCCAAGUCAGAUUCGAGGAAUUCCAGGACCAUCAGCCAAUGGCUCGCCAUACACCCCGUCCAAUAUGUAUGCUACUGCUGCAAAUGGUAGCCCGCAAUAUAGCUCGCCAAUGUCAGGUGCCACGCAUUUCUGGGAGGGCAAGACAGCCGCUCGUCGGCUAUCAGUUCCCACCAGCAUGCAUCCUUUUCUUCCUCCACAUGGCAACGCAUAUCCGCCAGCAUAUGCCAACCCCGCUGCUGCCCCACCAUAUCCCAAUCCAGCUGGAGUUUUCGCAAGCCCCACCAGCAGCAAUUACCCUCCAUCCAGAGACGAGAGUACCCUCAGUGCCGCCGAGAUAGAGAUGCGACGACGUACAUGGCACCCUUCGACAUACCCUGUGUUUGGUCGACCGUCCACCAGUGGCUUGAGCCAGUACCACACACCCGAUACCGUCCAGCCGUCAUUUGGAGUGGCUAGCAGUAAUGCCACGGAUCAACCACCUCGAUUGCCUGGAAUUGAGAGCUUUGACAAAGUGGUGUCUCAACACCGUCCUCUCACUCCUCCCACCCGCAAACCAAGUCCGAUGCAGAUUGACGGUCACGGCCGCCCACCUCCGAACCCUGGCUUUGGCGCGGGCUUCAACUAUGCUCAACCUUCCGUUCGACCGGCCCCUCCCAUUUCAGGGCCAGGUCACCGACGUGGUCAUGUAUCUUGGGAUAUGUCUUUACAUACCAAUUUGACGGGUCUUGAUAUCCGAGAUCAACGGUCUUCCAGGGACGCCUCCCAAUGGAGCCAACAGACCAUUGCAGAGCUCCACAACGUGUCUACUCGGCCAUCAUCAUCCUACCAACCAACCUUCGGGCCCAUGGUCGAAAGAAGCCCAGAGGAGCAUCGAGGACAUGCCCCAAGUCUUUCUUCGGGGAGCAUCCGACCAACACAUACAUCUCCGGAAGACUCUAGCAGCAGUGAGGGGGUUCAUACCCCCUCUACCGCCUCGAUAGAGUAUCAUCCGGCCAUUGUACACAGCAGCGGAUAUAUUGAAUCACACGAGUCCUCGUUGCCGUCCGAUCAUCCUCAUCCGAUCUGUGGUCGACGAGACCACCACACCGACGGCUACCCAGGCCACGCCGAGCAAGAGCCCCGAGCAAGUGUUUUCAAUGACUCCCCUGCCCGAGAUUCCGGCAUGGGUCGGCUUGAGGCUUUAGUUGCGGUCGCGACGAGCGAGAACAAGGGUGCUACGAGGUUGUUCUUGUAA